GAAUUCGCAUCAACUCGUAAAUUACCAUCUCUACAUCAUGUGCAUGUAGCACUAGCGACUAUUGGUGACGUAUAUAUUUCGGAGGCUCCGCAGGAAAUUUCACAACUUAUUUGCAACAACAACAACAACAACAACAACAGCAACCAAACUGAUGAGAAUCGUCGUCCUCAGGCAGCUAGGCAGAUCCUAUCUUCAGGCAGUGCGCACCAUGCCCCAAACAUAUGCCGCUGCAAGCAGCACACCCAACGGCACCCUCCGACAGCCCCAAAGCCAAACACGAGCAUCCUCAGAUUCUCAUCUUCACCCCUUCUUGGAAGACACAAAGGCAGCCCCAAGCUCUGGCAGAAGUCCGAGAUCUGAGCAUAGACCGAACACUGCGAAUGCAGGCGAGUGUGUCUAUGUACUCACGUUGAAAAUCACAGGGGACUUGUCGAGGCCGAUGAACGAGUUGCGCGAGAGGUAUUUCCCCCAACAUCUGAAUCGGACGCCGGCGCACUUGACCCUUUUCCAUGCUCUGCCGCACUCACAGUAUGAGUUGCUAGAGGCCGGCCUGUCCCAAACGUCGUCUGGUAUGAAGACAUUCCUUGUCUCUACUGGCAAGCCUUUCCGAAUGCGCAGGGGAUUCGGGGUGAAUGUUGAUGCUGGGUAUCAGAAGAUGAAACAUGUGCAUGGACAGUUACGAGCCCAGUGGUUGUCCUUUUUAAGUGAUCAAGACGCUGGGCGGUUUCAACCUCAUUGGACGGUGAUGAACAAGGUAGAUGACAAGAACAAGGUGGAUAACGCGUUUGAUGCUGUUCGCAACCAGCUGUUGGAGAGGUGCCAAGCGGGUCAGGCGAUUGGAUUAGACUUGUGGAGAUACAAAUGGGGGAAGUGGGAAUGGGCAAACGAAUACCGGUUUAAUAGUCCUAGGGAGACACCAUCAAAGAUCGCAGGAUCCGGCAUCGCUGAAUAACGAGGCUCUCUGGUCGGCCACCCUGUGAGAAAUACGGAAACGAGGCAGCAGCGUGGCAGCAGCAUCGUAUUGUGGUAGUCUCGACCUGCCUGACCCUUGUAAGGCUGUGUAAGCAUAUCACGAUGACAUGAUGGAGAAAGUGGCUCGC